AUGAUUGCUGUUCGCAUUGGUCACAGCGAUGUUGCUAGCGGUUGUGGCAUGAGUGUUCUUUCGACAAAGGUACUGCACUUUACAACGGAUAUCUAUCGUCACUACGCGGCAUGGGCGGUUGAGACGGAGCAAGCUUUUCCUUACCCUUUGGCUUGGAAGCCAAAAAUGCUGAAUUUGCCUUAUUUGUAA